GGUUUAAGCUAAGAAAUGACGGGUGAAAUCCGAGGCCCUUCCUCUCUCUUCCUCUUCUACCUCUUCCUCUGCCUCGCUUCCGUGGUUGCAUCCCAGACACUGCCGAACAAUGACCAGAAGCAGAUCCUCCUGCGGAUCAAGCGGGAGUGGGGGGGCGAACCCGCUCUGGAUUCGUGGAACGUCGACACCUCCACCACCUACUGCCAGUGGCAGGGCGUGGGCUGCGCUGCUGACGGGUCCGUCGUCAACAUCACGCUGUCCGACCAGAACUGGACAAGGAUCACCCGGCCGAUCCCCGCCUCCCUCUGCGACCUCAAGAACCUCACCCACCUCGACCUCAGCUACCAACGCAUCCAUACCCGCUUCCCCACCUCCCUCUACGACUGUUCCAGCCUCCGGUACCUCGACCUCAAGCAGAACGGCUUCGUUGGAACGAUCCCCGCUGACAUCGACCGACUCUCGCCGCGGCUCACGCUCCUCGACCUCUCCGGCAACAACUUCACGGGCGACAUCCCUCCCUCCAUCGGCCGGCUCCCGGCCAUCCAAACACUGUGGCUAUAUGCCAAUCUCUUCGAUGGAAGCUUCCCCGCCGAGAUCGGCAACCUGUCGCGCCUCCAACAGCUUGGGCUGGCAUACAACUCCUUUGCUCCGAUGAGGAUUCCAUCGGAGUUCGCCAACUUGACUAAGCUGACCUUCCUGUGGAUGACCAAAGCCAAUCUCCGAGGCGAGAUACCGGCCUCGUUCGCACACCUCACAGGGUUGACUCAGUUGGACUUGACGCAAAACUCGCUCACCGGAGCGAUUCCCGCUGGAAUCUGGGGCCUACCGAAUCUGCAAUACUUGUACCUAUACAAGAACAACUUAUACGGUUCCAUCGUCAUCGACGGGACGAUCGGAGCUCUGGGCCUGGUAGAUAUAGAUCUUUCGAUGAAUCAGCUCACUGGAUCGAUCCCACACGACUUCGGCAAGCUCAAGAACCUCUCUCUUCUCUACUUGUACUACAACAGGUUAUCCGGCGAGAUACCGACGAGCAUCGGCAAGCUUCCGUCUUUGUCCACUCUCCGACUAUUUAGCAACGGCUUAACCGGCGUCUUACCGCCAGAAUUGGGCAAGAACUCUCCUUUGAUAGACAUUGAGGUCGACGACAACAUGAUCUCCGGCGAGUUACCGGACGGGCUAUGCGACCGUGGCGCCUUCAAUUCCAUCGUGGUCUUCAACAACAACCUCACGGGAACGAUACCGCCGUCGCUCGGAAAGUGUUCGAAGCUCAACAAUUUCCAGAUCUACAACAACCGGUUCUCCGGUGAGCUUCCCGAUGGAAUUUGGACCGCCGUGAAUUUGACGACCGUGAUGGUGAGUAACAACACCCUCUCCGGCACGCUUCCGGAAAAGCUCCCGUGGAAUCUGACACGAUUGGAAAUCGAAAACAAUCGUUUCACCGGAAGCAUUCCGUCCUCAGCUGAUCGCUUACAAGUGUUAUUGGGGAGCAACAACAUGUUCUCCGGCGAGCUCCCAUCGAGCCUAGCCGGACUCUUACGCCUCCAGACUCUGGUUCUGGGAGGCAAUAUGAUCACCGGAAAAAUUCCGGAUGAUAUAUCGUUGCUGAAGUCGCUAGGUGAUCUCGAUCUGCGGCAUAACCGGCUGACCGGCGAGAUUCCGGCGUCGAUCGGGUCGCUGCCAGUGCUGACCUCUCUCGACCUGUCGGCGAACCAUCUCUCCGGUCCAAUCCCGUCGGAGAUGGGAAACUUGAAGAUCAACUAUUUAAACCUUUCGUUCAACCAGCUCACCGGCGAGAUACCGGCAGCGCUGCAGAGUCGGGCUUACGACCAAACCUUCGUAUCGAACCCCGGCCUUUGCGCCUCCAAGUCGUACGUCAACGUCAGCACCUGCCGGCCUGGAUCGGGUGGACUCGCUCGUGGCCUCCGCAUCCUCUUCUUCGUCCUCGGCGCGGUCGUGUUCUUGAUGGCGUUGGCGUUCGCUACCUUUGUAUACGGGGACCUCAAGAAGAAAAGGAACGGUGGAGAUCUCGCCGCGUGGAAGCUGACCUCUUUCCAGUCGUUGGAUAUUUCGGAGUCCAGCAUCCUACGUGGCAUCAGGGAUGACAACGUGGUCGGCGGCGGUGGGGCCGGCAAGGUCUUCAAGAUCGACCUCGGCGACCGUGGCGUCGUCGCCGUCAAAAAGAUUUGGAACGGUAGGAAUCUCGACAGCAGGCUGGAGAAGCAAUUCCAGUCGGAGGUGCAGAUCCUGGGAUCCAUCAGGCACAAGAACAUCGUCAAGCUGCUCUGCUGCAUCUCCGGCGCCGACACCAAGCUUCUGGUGUACGAGUAUAUGGAGAACGGGAGCCUCGACCGGUGGCUGCACAGGAAGCGGGCAUGGUUCGGCGGCGAAGACCGAUCGCGGGACGAGCAGCUCGAUUGGCCCACGAGGCUGGAGAUCGCUGUGGGGGCGGCCCGGGGGUUGUGCUACAUGCACCACGACUGCUCGCCGCCGAUCAUACACCGGGACGUGAAGUCCAGCAACAUCCUGCUGGAUUCCGAGUUCAACGCUCGGGUCGCCGACUUCGGCCUGGCUCGGAUGCUGGUCAAGCCCGGCGAACCCGACACGGUGUCCGUCAUUGCCGGGUCCUUCGGCUACAUCGCUCCAGAGUGUGGGUAUUCCAGAAGGCUGAACGAGAAGGUGGAUGUGUACAGCUUCGGGGUGGUUCUUCUGGAGCUGACCACCGGAAGAGAGGCAAACAAUGACGGCGAGCAAUGCAACCUGGCAGAGUGGGCGUGGCAACAGCUUCGAGAGGAGGCAGAGCUGAGCGAUGCUAUAGACACGGCCAUAAGGGACUCCCCCUACAUGGACGACAUGACGACGGUGUUUAAGUUGGGUCUCCUCUGCACGGAGACGUUGCCUUCGAGGAGGCCUUCCAUGAAGGAGGUGCUGCAUAUCUUGCUGCGGUGCCAUCGGCCUCCUGGAGUCGGUUACAGUCCCAUUGCGGAACAAGACGUGGCGGCGCCGCUCGUACGAGCAAACACGGGCAGUCGACGACAGAAGGCAUCUCAUGGCGGCGACCACGACGACCACAUCAUGGCAUGCAAUGUUUGAGGGGAGAGAGCAGAGUAGAAGAAGGUCGAUGGUCAGAAGGGAACGUACGUUGGAGCAUCAAAUCGUAUCCAAUAUAUAAUUUAUUUAGGGAUGAAUAAGAAUUAAAAAUACUCACCAAUUGCAACAAUGAGCCAUAAGGUCUCCAUCUUUAGUGAUGAAAGCUUCUGAGUAAGGUAACAACAACACAAUGACUUUUCUUAGGUAUCCUUUUUCUCUCCAGUCUCAUGCACGAGGCGAGGUUGGUCAAAUUGGGGGUGCGGCAAAUAAAUGAGGCCGUGACAAGUGAGAGUCCUUGAAGCGAAGUCCACAGUCUUCUUGUGUAUCGACUUGCGUCAUGUCAGCCACAUGUGUAGCCACCCAUGUAGACCAAGUCAUAAUGUUUUAGCUAUAUAUCCUCGCUUAUGCUCCAAUGAUUCGCAUGGAACAACGCGGUCCACGCUAGCCAACCUUCGGCUAUUGACUUUUAUGCCUACGUCUCUGGAUAUGUAGGAUUUCGAUUUCAAGUCACAAUCGUUAACUAGUUCA